GUACACUACAGUCAUAUGUGCACACAGUCAUAUGUGCACUUUCACUUUCCAAAAGUAAUUUGAAGUGGCCUUCCGUGCUGGCAGGAGAUCUAUUUUUUUUCUCGAAAAUAACAAUAACAACAUGUUGUAGGCCUACAGCUGAAAACUUUUUGAUUACGUCCAUCGUCCAAACUGGAAUGUAGACUAUUUUCGUCUCGAAUGCUUUUGCGCGUCUAUCGUCUGAAUGAAUCUAUCCACCCUGGGCCUGUAUUGAAAUAAAACUGAAUUGAAGAGGUGGACUGCAUUUGCGAUCGGCGCCAAUGGACCCGUUGGAUUUUUUGACCGAUGAGGAGUUACUGCGGUUUUUCCGCUGUAGUAGAACAGAAAUGUCGUGCAUGGAGCAACCACACACCUUUCUUAACCAGCUCCGAGACCACCACUUCAUUCCAGAGAAAAUGCACACGAAGCUGAUUCGGUGUAAGAGUAAGGAGGUGAGGGAGAAGGGUGUGUACCAGGUGUUGGACUGGGUGGAGGCAGAGAGGCCCAACAGCAUCAAGGUGUUCUGGAAAUGUGUGUUCAGGGACCACCUCCUGCUGCAGUACCCCACGUUAAGCCUGCUCCGAAACCGCCUGCUGGACGGGUCGUUCACAUUCUAUGAGAAACUGCCAGAGAAGGUGGAGAAGGAAGAGGGGGAGGAGGAUAAGAAGAAGAAGGGUUCAGCGGAAGGAGAAGAUGAGGAAGAGAAGACAAGAAGGAAAAAGAGGAACCAGAAAAAGAGAAGUGAGAGUGUGGAGGAGCAGCCCAGCACGUCCACACAGUCCAACCCCAGUCAGAAGAGGAAAGUUCAGAGGCCGACCUACUCAUCUCCUUUCAGUAAGAAUGAGAAAGCUGACAUCUGGACCUGGCCCAUCUACAAGACCCAGCUCCCAGUCACCUGUGGGGACAAAGAAGGCACGCUCAACAGGGACAAGCUGGCCAAAGGGAAGAGGUGCAUUGUGGUCCAGGGUCGAUGGUUCACCCCAAGUGGCUUUCAGGAGUUUGGGGGGAAGAAGAGCAGAAAGAACUGGAAGUGCAGUAUCCGCUGUAGAGGCACCACUCUGGGAAAACUGAUCCAGGAAGGUCAUUUAACUUCACCAGACUUUAAAAGAAGAAAGAGUGCACAGGCCAAGAGAGUACUGUUUCUCUCUAACCAAUCAGCAGGCGCAAUCACAGAGUCUGAUGAGAAUGACGAUGAUGAGGAGGAAGAGGAGGAGGAAGAAGCUGAGCAGGAAAAAGAGGAAAUCUUCAAAGUCACCUGUGGAGCCAUCAAUGGAAUGCUACAUAAGGAUCGGUUUGCAUCAGGGUCGCGUGGAAAGAGCAUCCGUACGGAGCUGCGCUGGAUGACCCCGGUGGAGUUUGUGAAGGGGGAGUCAGCUCUGGAAGAUCCCUCCUGGAAGAAAGACAUCCAGUGGGACGGGAAACCACUCAACGUCCUCAUCGAGAGUAAGAUCUUGGUCAUCCACUCUCUCCUGUGUAAGUGCAAACUGUGCAGCUCCACGGCCAAAGACAGGCAUGAUCAGGAUAACGAUGACGACUGCUUCAUCUGUAGAAGCCAGGGCAGCUUGAUAUGCUGUGAUAAGUGUCCCCGCUCCUUCCAUCAGAGAUGUCAUCUUCCUAAUGUGGAUGGAGCCAUGAUGGGGGAUGAUUGUCCGUGGAUCUGUACAUUCUGUGUACUGAGGGCCAGUCAGUCGUGGCGCUACCCCAAACAAAUUACCUACCAGGAAGCCUUAACCUGCCGAAUCUCAGACAACCUACUGGAAUGCCAGUACCUCCUGCUGUGUCUAUACCAUGCGGACGAGGACAACAUCUUUGUGGCAGAUCCUUGCAUCAAUGUGAGAAACUACACCAGUGUGAUAAAGACCCCUAUAUGGCUGGACAGGGUUGUGGAGAAGCUGCAGCAGAAUCUCUACCAGUCAGUGCAACACUUUGUGUCUGAUGUGUUGCUUAUCUUCACCAACUGUGCCACAUUUAACAGGGAUAAUGCAGAGUUCCGUGUGAUGGGCGAACGAUUGAAGGAUCUAUUUGAGAGAGAGUUCAAGAGUACAUUCAUUAUCCAGCUUCAGCAUCCAACUGCAUCCAACAGCCAGUAGAGCCUUCAUCAAGUCUGUACUGUUAUCUCACUAUGAGACAACAGGGAAUAUUCACCAUGCCCUGGUUUUUCUAUACAGCCUUCAUACAGACGUGCAUGUACAUUAUUAUCCAUCUAGUCCUUUCAUGAAUUUCUUUCAUUCGUUCUAGCAGUCAAAAUGGACCUCUGACAGUCUCUAUGGGGUGCCUCAGGGUUCAAUUCAAGGUCCGACUCUCUUCUCUGUAUACAUCAAUGAUUUUGCUCUGGCUGCUGGUUAUUCUCUGAACCACCUCUACGCAGACGACACCAUUCUCUAUACUUCUGGCCCCUCUUUGGACACUGUGUUAACUAACCUCCAGAUGAACUUCAAUGCCAUACAACUCUCCUUCUGUGGCCUCCAACUGCUCCUAAAUGCAACUAAAACUAAAUGCAUGCUCUUCAACCGAUCGCUGCCCGCACCUGCCCGCCCAUCCAGCAUCACUACUCUGGACGGUUCUGACCUAGAAUAUGUGGACAACUACAAAUACCUAGGUGUCUGGUUAGGCUGUAAACUCUCCUUCCAGACUCACAUUAAACAUCUCCAACACAAAAUUAAAUCUAGAAUCGGCUCCCUAUUUCGCAGCAAAGCAUCCUUCACUCAUGCUGGCAAACAUACCCUCGUAAAACUGACCAUCCUACCAAUCCUCGACUUAGGCGAUGUCAUUUACAAAAUAGCCUCCAACACUCUACUCAACAAUUUGGAUGCAGUCUAUCACAGUGCCAUGAUUGAAGGAUCUAUUUGAGAGAGAGUUCAAGAGUACAUUCAGUAUCCAGCUUCAGCAUCCAACUGCAUCCAACAGCCAGUAGAGCCUUCAUCAAGUCUGUACUGUUAUCUCACUAUGAGACAACAGAGAAUAUUCACCAUGCAAUGGUCUUUCUAUACAGCCUUCAUACAGAUUUGCAUGUACAUUAUUAUCCAUCCAGUCCUUUCAUGAAUUUCUUUCAUUCGUUCUAGCAGUCAAAAUGGGUGUGUGAUGAUAAUUGAAAUAGAAUGAUGGUGAUAACAUUGCAUUUCACACAGUAAAUGUUGCUUUGCUAACUUCUCAUGCAA